UGCAUAGGCAGGCUAGAUUCUAGAGAAGCAUCGCCGAUGAUUUUCCCUAUUUUUUUCUACCAUAGAAAGAUGAAGAUUUACAUUCAAAAUUUAGGCUGCCCAGCACAAACUAAAACUCGGUUAACUCGCUAAAAUUGAAGAGAAACUUCACAACAGCCUUGGCAAUAAAGUGCUGACUCAGCAAGAUUGUGGUGAUUAGUGAUUACGGUCAAGCACACAAGAACAACAUGAGUUGGAUAUUUUGGAAUCCAAUCUUGUUAUCCAAACUUUUACAAAGAGCUAUUGACACAUUGGUAUGUUUUCAAGAGGUGACUGUUGGUAUUUCAAAAUUUACAACAUGGUAUGAAUAUGGUUUCCACAUGCCUCAAGCACCUUUGCCAAACCAUACUGCUGAUGGUACAAUUAUUCGUCAGUUUACAACAUAUAUUACCAACAAACUUGGAGUAACACACAAGACGAAAGACUCAGACUAUCUCAUCUUAUUUUCACGAGAAUCCAACAGACUCAUACUUAACGAGUUAGAGCUCACAUUUACAAUAGCAACAACCUUUAAUCUACGCAUUGUCCGGCUAAGUCUGGAAACAAAUGAACUUGGUGAAAUUAUAAAACAGAUCCAAGGUUCAGCAGGAAUAAUUGGCAUGCAUGGAUCAAUUCUAGUCUUAUCCAUGUUCCUUUCUCCUGGCACUUUUGUCAUCGAGCUGUUUCCUUAUGCCAUUAAUCCUCAAAACUACACACCUUAUAAAACUCUUGCUGAGAUCAUGGAUAUUAGGUAUAGAUCGUGGCAAAAUAAAUUCAAGAACAACACUAUUGUGUAUCCUAACAGAUCAAAAACUGAAGGUGGGAUUAUACAUUUGGAUAAAGAGACACAAACAGAGAUCAUAAACAUGGACGAUGUUCCUCCUCAUUUGUGCUGUAAUGACCCCUACUGGUUGUUUAGAAUUUACCAAGACACUGCUGUUGAUAUUCCAUCUUUUAUUGGAGUUCUAAGAAAUGCUUUAAAUGAGGUGAAAAAAACACAAAAAAGGAAAUACAUAAAAAAGUAUCCUGGCAAAAUAAGAAGUAUUCUCUGCAAAUGUUUGAUAUCUAAGGAUGGUGUUAGUUUAUUUGUAUCCUGGGAGGGUUCCUGGAAUAUGCAGUUUUACAACAAUAUUUCCUAUGAAGUUUGGAUUCAAGAUACUUCAGACCAAAAUUACAUGGCAUAUUUAUUGUCAGGGGUUACAGAACACACAUUUCAUGACAAUAUAACAUAUAAUACAACAUAUAGUAUCUGGAUUCGUGGGGUUAUAAAUGACAACUAUGGUCCAUUUUCUAAUUCAUGUACCUGUUCACCAUAAUUCAUUCCACUGAUAUAUUCAC